AUGGGCUUCCUGCAUGGCUUUCUCUCUCAGCCUACAACCUAUGCUAUACUGGCCGUGCUGGCUAUUCCGGUCACGGCCCUGGCGUGGGACAGACUGCCGGGUUUCGUGCCCUCCGUAAGGAGGUUAUUGGUGGGCAAAAGGACUCCCUCUGAGAUAACAUCAUUAGAGUGCCCAUACAGUUACAUCCGACAGAUAUACGGAACGCAUCACUGGGCACCAUUCGUCGACAAACUCUCUCCUAACCUCAAGGCAGAGAGCCCAGCGAAGUACCACAUGAUCCUUGAGAUCAUGGAUGGAAUUCACCUUUGCCUGAUGCUUGUUGAUGAUAUCAGUGACAACAGUGACUAUCGAAAAGGACGCCCUGCUGCCCAUUGUAUCUAUGGUCCCUCGGAGACUGCAAACCGAGCGUACUACCGGGUAACCCAACUACUGAAUCGCACGGUGCACGACUUCCCAGAGCUUGCGCCAUGGCUGCUGCAAUGUCUCGAAGAGAUACUAGAAGGGCAAGACCUCUCACUUGUUUGGCGGCGGGACGGUCUCCCUGCCUUUCCCGUUCAGCCAGAGGAGCGCGUAGCGGCAUAUCGCCAAAUGGCAUAUUUGAAGACUGGUGCCCUCUUCCGUCUGGUCGGACAGCUCGUACUAGAGAACCAAUCCUACGAUGAUACGUUAAGUACUGUAGCAUGGUAUUCCCAAUUGCAAAAUGAUUGCAAAAAUGUGUACUCCUCUGACUAUGCCAAAGCCAAAGGAGCCAUUGCGGAAGACCUACGCAACGGCGAGCUUACUUACCCAAUUGUUGUUGCCUUGAAUGCUUCUAAAGGACAUUGCGUGGUACGAGCGUUGGAGUUUCGAUCGCCACAUAAUAUUCGACAAGCGCUGCGAGUGAUUCAGAGUGAUCAAAUCAUUCGCGGGCCUGUUGACUAUCUAUUGAAAUGUCCCGGAAAGGAUAUUCGUCGCAAGCUCAUGCAAGCCUUCAAUGAAUGGUUAAGGAUUCCCGAAGACAGGUUGAACAUCAUCGCGGAGGUUGUUGGUUUACUACACACUGCGUCUCUCUUGAUCGAUGACAUUCAAGAUUCGUCCAAACUGCGACGAGGGAUACCAGUGGCUCAUUCCAUAUUCGGUGUCGCGCAAACUAUUAACUCCGCGAAUUACGCCUACUUCGCCGCGCAGGAGAAGCUCAGAGAGCUCGAUCGCCCCAAGGCGUACGAAAUCUUUACUGAAGAGCUACUCCGUUUACACCGGGGUCAGGGCAUGGAUCUAUAUUGGCGAGAUUCCCUGACCUGCCCCACAGAAGAAGAGUACAUCGAGAUGAUUUCGAACAAAACUGGUGGUCUCUUCCGGCUGGCAAUCAAACUAAUGCAGCUGGAAAGUGAGAUAGCAAGCGAUUUCCUCGCGCUUGUCGAUCUUUUGGGUGUCAUCUUUCAGAUCCGUGACGACUAUCAGAAUCUGCAAAGCGACUUGUAUAGCAAAAACAAAGGCUAUUGUGAAGACCUCACAGAAGGCAAAUUUUCCUUUCUAAUUAUCCACAGCAUUAAUAGUAACCCAGAUAAUCAACAGCUGCUCAAUAUCCUCCGACAGAGAAGUGAGGAGGAGUCCGUGAAGAAAUACGCCGUGGAAUAUAUUCGGUCCACAGGAUCUUUUGACUAUUGCCAGGAGAGACUGGCAUCAUUGCUGCAUGAAGCAAAGAUGAUGGUCAACGUGCUAGAAGAAAAUGUUGGAUUUUCCAAAGGGAUCUAUGAUAUCUUAGCUUUCUUACUGUGA